UUAGGCUUCUAUAGUGUCCUUUCUUUUCAGACUUUUGGAGCCCUUUCGUUUUUGCUCAAUUAUAAAUACUCCCUCCAGCUAUACGAGUCUCUUAAAUAUUCAAUAUAGGGUUGUUCAUCACAAAGGCUGAAUUGUUAAGCGCGAAAAUGAGCACGACGAGGAAAAAAGAAAGCAGAAUUAAGAAAUGCAUAAAAGCACCAAUGAGAAUUCUAAUUAAAGCCAGGGAUUGUUACGUCCGAAGCCUGACGAAUUGUUCUGGCAGAAUUGGGUAUGGCGGUGCCUCUGGCAUGGGCUCAUGUGGAGCCUUUACACAAGUCUCCUCUUUGCCUAGAAGUUUCAGUGGCAAUUCAUCUGUGUCUAGUGGGGAUGAAGAUUUCAGGGAGCUAAUGCGAAUUUCGUCCGUAAGGACUCGGGUGGAAUUGGAGAUGCUGAGGCGAAAAUCACUCGCUAAAAAUGGAACGAAUGUGGUGCCUCGGACUCGUUCUGUUGCGAUUGGAAGAAUUGAUGAAGAAGGGCCGUGUGAUUUUGAUGAGGAAGGCGAAGUGUGUACAGAUGUUUAUCCAAGAAGUAGAAGUUGUGCUGUUUCUUCAAGAUAGGGCAAAGAGGGUAAUUUGAAGAAGAGUGCAAAGAAAAAAAAAAUGGAAAAAUUGGUUGCCUUUUUUGCAUCUUUUUCCAGUUUUCAUUGAUUGUUUCCUGGAUUUUUAUUUGUGGUUUCUCUUCCCAUGUUAUCUAUUGUAAAUGUACAUGUUCGGUGGUUAAUUGGCUGUCAAUUAAUUCUCUUUGUAAUAACAAAUACUGCAUCUUUCAUUCUA